ACAACACUUGGGCAUUUACAUGUCUACUUACUUUAUAAUAAUAUUGUAUGUGUAUAAUUACAUAUAGUAAUUUCGUCGAAGCGAUUUCGUUCUUCUCUUCAACUGUAUACUGAUACUUCUGUGAGUUAUCCCGAUACUGUUAUCAGCAUGAUAAUGCAAAUUUCACUCGUGUAUGACUAGACAGAAGUAUAAUGGGUCAGGAACUAAAUAGUGACUGAUAACAGCUGGAUGAUGAUAGUCAUAGUAAUAUGGCUUAGCGGCCAGAGAAGGAAGAUUACAUCAGUCGACUCUCAAUUGAGAACUGAUUUAAUCAAACUCGCCUCUGCAUCACGCUUGUCUCUUCUGAUGCAACCAUCGCGUCCUAUUGAGCUUCAUCAUUAGAGCCACCAAUUGGCAAUAAACAAGAAAGUGAGACACUACUUGGGAAAAAUUAAUCUAGUGUCCUCGAUCAAUAGUGUCCAACAGUUACGAGGUCAAUGGCGUCGGAUAAUCAUAUUCUAGCUGAAACGUGACAAAUUUAUGAUAUCGUGUUACAUCAGACAUUCUCGUCGAAACGCCAGGAUGCCGGGUCAGUUGGAGGAGAUCAAGGGCAGGCGUGCCACUUUCGGCAUGGGCUGCUUCUGGGCGGGAGAUUCCCUCUUCGGGGCGCUACCCGGGGUCAUCAGAACCUGCGUGGGCUACGCUGGAGGCACCAAGGACUCCCCGGUCUACAGGAACAUGGGAGAUCAUACGGAGGUCAUUGACAUUGAAUAUGAUCCAGAACUAGUAUCCUAUACACACUUGCUAAGCUUGUUUUGGAAUAAUCACGAGUAUGGUCUGACAACUAAGAUUAAGAGACAGUAUAUGUCACUAAUUUUAUAUCACGAUGAGGAGCAAAGGUUGUUAGCUGAGAAAUCUCGUGAUCAAGAACAGAAAAAGCGAGGAGAAAUCUUUGUCACAGAAAUUACAGAAUUUAAAAAGUUCUAUCCAGCAGAAGACUACCAUCAGAAGUAUCGACUACAGGGUCACCCAUGGUUGAUCGAAACACUGGGUCUCACCACACCAGAAGUCUUGCGUACUUCUCCUUUGGCAGCUAAAUUGAAUGGUUAUAUAGCUGGUGCAGGCACUAUUAAACAAUUUGAAGAGCAAUUGCCAAACUUGGGAUUAAGCGAAAAAGCAGCACAAUACUUAACAAAGUACAUUAUUGAAAAUCAAGGCAGUGGUUUGUAUUGCUAGUGGAUCUAGUAAAACGAAAAGACAUUUUAUAUUAUUAGAGAUAGGCUGGUUAUACUCGAUUUUAUAUGACUAGAAAAUUUGAAUUGACGAUUUUUCUUUUAGCGAAAAUUAGUAGCUUUAGUGAUAUAAGCUUUAUCGAAAGCAAAAUAUAAACAACGAAAUCAUCUCUUCUAACGAAAUCAAUCUUUAGCUAAUUUUUUUGCUACAAAAACUCGAAAGUUGAUUUUCUUUUUUCUGAAGAAAAUUUUAUAUUUAAAUUUUCUUGUAUAUUUCAAAUUAGUUGUUUUAUUUUUUAAUAUUUUCUCGCGCUGUUUUCACUAUUUACAUUUACCGUAUUGUAUUAGAAUAAAAACAAAUAAAAGACAAAGCGCACAAUAUUUUUAUAUU